AGUUUGACUUUUGACAGAUUUUGCCCUUAUUGCGAGAAGGAUUACCACUUUUUCUGCCUAAAAAAUCAAAUAAACAGUGAAAAAGUUCAUUUAUUGUGUAUUUCUAGAGGAAUUAAUUGAUUUAGAAAACAUCUUCAUAUAAUCUAACCCCAUUCCUGCAAGAUGGAGGUGGUGUUUGGUCCGAAUUCGGUUGACGAACCGAACCUGCAAUAUAAACUGCAGCGUAAAAUCAAAGUGUUCAAUACCACUGAUCCACUGCCAAACCGAGGAUACAACUUGGUUACUUGUGCCAGCAAGUAUGGCAUUGUUUUCAUUGCUUCACCAGAUGGUCAUUUGACAGUAUAUCACCUACAACAACUAAUUGACAAAGAGUGUGAGCCGCAGCAUACUACAGUGAAGCUACAGGAGAAACCAACCCAUAUUGCUACUAGCUGCGACCAGGAACUGCUGGCGGUCACUGGCGGACAACUACUGUGCAUCUUUAAAGUUACUGACUUCCAAAAUCCAAAUGUAUCACCAGCCCUAACUGUAAGGUGUGAUGUCAACCAAUCCACCUUUGUGUCGGCUUUGCAAUGGAACCCUUGCAUUCCUGAUACCAUCGCCAUAGCCUUCUACGAUGGCACCCUACUUGUAUCACAAGUCAGCACAUCUCAGGUUAAGAAGGCUGCUUCUAAAGCAAGAUGCCUAUGCUGGAGUCCUAAAGGCAAGCAGUUUGUCACCGGCAACAGUGAUGGUACCCUCACCCAGUACAAACCUGACUUAACUCCGGCUAAGACUAUUCCUGCUCCCAAUUUGUUUGAGAAUGCACCCGUGGAAACUUUGGCGGUGUACUGGAUCUCCACCUUCCAGUUUGCUGCGGUCUAUAAAAAUGCUACGGAUAAUAGUCGUCCUGCCGUAACUAUCAUAAACACGCCCAAAGCUGGUCAGCCCAGCUGUCAGAACUACGAAGAUAUUUGCUACAGUAUGGGUUCUAAUAGGCCUUGGUACUACUACCUGCAAGGAUUGGCGCAAUGGAAUAUUAUAAUGUCGGCAUCAUCUAAUGGAAUGGAGAUAGCGACUCUUGGGUCUGCAGAUGGAACUAAUUGGGUGCAGUGGUGUCAGAUUGAUGAAGCGAGGCCGGAGCUGCCUCUAACGGAUAAGAAACAAGAAAACUAUCCCGUAGGCGUGUGUAUUGACACAUGUGCUACACAUCAAAUACAGUGGGACGAAACCAACUUACUACCGCACAUGCCACUCCUGCACGUGGUGUCUCAGACGGGUCUGCUGUCAGUCUUCAACGUGAUCUCCCUGAACAAGCAAGCCGCGCAGGUCUGCUCGCCUCCACAACAACUUGUAUUGCCUGCAGCUGCUAUGACUAGUGUGAUACCAGGCGAAGCUCCCCAAGCGGCCCCUGCCCCCGCGCCAGCUCCGGCCCCCGCUGCGGCCGCCGCCCCGGUUGCACCUGCUCAGCCAAAGCCUCUAUUGCCCCAGCCAACACAAAUGGCGCCUCAGCCACAAUCGCAACCAGCGCCAGUGCCCAGCCAACCAGCCCCACAGUUCAGUAUACUGAACAUACCUAAACCACCAAGUUAUGCACAGUCUCAGUCACAAUUAUUUAGUACAACAGGUGCAGCUCCUGUCCAAACCAUGCCCAAACCGGCUCCAGUAGACGUAAAACCGACACCAGCACCUCAACCAACAGCUCAAGCAGCUGCGCCACAAACUCAGGCCGCAGCUCCCAAACCUCAACCGGCGGUGGCGCAAGAAAACGCCGCGUUAAAGGCAGAACAAGACAAAAUAAAUGAAAUGAAAGUAAACCAGGAGUUAAAGAAUAUGCUCGUCAAAGAAGUCAACGACUUUCAAAUGGAACUGUACAAGUUUAUGGUGAAAACUAAGGAGACUCAGGCUAGGUUACAACGCGACAUAGAUUCAAUCAACGCUAGUUUCAACUACACGUCGCAAGACGCGGAACAGUUGAGGAAGGAAUGUUCCUCCGAUGAACUGCGCAACGCCAUCGUACAGCUCAAGUUGGAACUAGUUCGCGCGUGCGCUGUAGUUGCUGAAGCUCGGACACAUGCUGAAUCUAAGGACAGUUACCAAUGGACGAAAGCGGAUCCCUUAACAACGAAACGAGUGGCGUCUGUGAAGAAGUUAGCUUAUUACGUACAAAAUCAGCUUGAACAAGCGCAGAAAUCACUAGACUUCAAAUGGAAUGAAACUGCGGCUAAAGACCCGCAGUUUAACAAGCCAGGACAGCGCAUGAUACGACCAAUCCUAGACGAUGUGUACCAGCCUUUAGUCAAACAACAAGAGAUACUGAGUCGCCAACAAGCGGUACUACGGACACUAAGGAACACGCUCAACGAAUGUGACGUCACACCCAUGUUCAAAAGUACCUCACUUUUGAGAAGCACACCGUUUAGAAACAAGGAUCCCCUUUCGAAAUUAACGAAGAAUAUCUUAAAUAUGAGUAUUGAUAAUGACAGUAAGAAGAAAGAACCGCUGUUGUCUUCUCAGAAACUAGACGCUCUUAGAGAUAUGUUGUCUAACCAUAAAACUGUGAAGAUAAAGCCAGUAAAUGUCGAAGUGAGACAACACUUGGCUACAAUGAGGAUGAAUUAUGAAAAGAGUAUGAAAGAGAAAGUCCAGCCAAUUAAGACUGAAGUUCUAAGUCCACAGCCUGAUGUUAAACCUCAGGUUAAGCCAGUUCAACAACAACUAUUUAUGCCUAAAGUGGAGCCCAAGAUAGAACCGAAACAGGAGGCCUUCAAGCCGGCGCCUCUCAACGUGCCAUCGUUCACCCCGGUCGGUGGCGUCAAACCCACCAUACCUGGGUUAACUAACGUCGCUCGAACACUCUUUACUGACGAACCCAAACCAGAGCCACCGAAACCUCAACCACAACUGGCCCAGCCGAAGCCGGCAGCCUCUGCCUUCGCAUUCUCCAAUACUCCAGCAUCAGCCGAGACGCGCAGUGUGCUCAAAGAUCUCCUACAGAACAAACAGGCGAAUAAAAAUGAGAGUAAUAAUCUAUUCAUGGGACAGAAAAUAUGUUCGCCGACUUCGUUUUCGUUAACAACAACCGCAGCAACGUCAACGCCUGCACCAACACCGGCGUUCACUUCCAAACCCAUAGCGGACAUCAACAAUAUGUUCAGUAAAUUCCAACCCCCGACAUUAGCACAAGAUAAUAAACAAACUGCCUCAGUCCCAAAAACCCAACCGUUAGUAGCAGAACCGAAACUUCCACCUCAAACCGCAGAACCAAAACCGUUCUCUCAAAAACCUGAAUCAACCUCAAUAUUCGCCAGUCCCAAGUCAAGUGAGACUGGAGAACCAGAAACUGACAGCAAACCAGCAGUAGUUAAAUCAUCGACUAUAAACAAACCCCUUACAAAUCUAUUUCAACUCAAAACGUCCACUCCUGCACCAAGUCCUAUUGUUCCUGAUGUCAUAAAAACUACUAAAGAUGUAAAGACUGAUGGUAAACCUGCUGAGAAAGAAAAGUCUAAGGAGAAUGUUCCUCAAAAUGUAGAAAAUAAAGCUGCACCAAAACCUGCUAGUGAAAACAAAGAAACGCCCAAACCACUAACUGCUCAAACGGGUAAUAGGACAUCUAUAUUUGGGUCGGCACCUCAAGCUGUUGCAACGAGUACUCCUUUAACUAGUCAAAAUGAACCACAAAAAUCUGUAGAAUCUAAAACAGAUUCAUUUAAAGCACCAGAAAAGCCUGUUUCGUCAUCUAAUGCGUCUUCAAUAUUUGGUAGCGCCAAUGUCGUAGCUCCUACAGAAACCAAAUCUCAAACCAGUGUUACAUCUACACAACAAACUUCGAAAUCAGAUACACCGACGUCAGGGUCAGGAUCAACUGCAUCUAAACCUACAUUGAAUAUUAGUGCAGCUUCUUCUACACCUUCAGCCGCUUCUGUGUUCGGAGCAGCGGUGGCUUCACAACCAAAACCUUCGACACCGACAUCCAUAUUUGCGACAGGUGCCACCCCAUCUCCUACUCCCGCUUCCGUCUUUGGAACAUCAUCGCAAGGAUCAAUAUUUGGAAGUACAUCGCCUACAUCUACCACAACUGCUCCUGUAUUUGGUUCCACGGCUCAAUCAGUUUUCGGUAGUGCUAAUAGUACAACCAAACCUUCAGUGUUUAGUACACCUACAUCGACUGAAGCUCCGUCUUCACCUCAGUCAGUAUUCGGUUCAGCUGCAGCUGCAACUACCCAAGCGGGGUCCGUAUUUACAUCGUCCUUCACGCCAUCCCCUGUUUUCGGUUCGACCGCAACCACUACAGCUGCACCGACUUCACCAUCUUCAGUCUUUGGAUCUUCGACUACACAAUCUGUGUUUGGUUCUACGUUAACUACACAAGCUUCUGCAACUACUACAACGCAAUCUGUAUUUGGAACGACCACAGCGACAACUCAAUCAUCUAUGUUUGGCACUGCAGCUUCGAAUGCUGCCAGUGCAUUCACAUCGACGGCUACACCGUCUUCGGGCGCACAGAGCAUAUUCGGUGCCGCAGCUAGUACGACUGCGCAGUCUGUAUUUGGAGGGCAAGGAACUUCUGUUUUUGGGUCAGCACCACCUAACAAGACUGUAUUUGGAACAACAACAACUCAAGCUUCUGUAUUCGGUGCGGCGACCGCUACUACUCAAUCGUCAGUGUUUGGAUCACCUACACCAUCUACUCAAGCGUCGGUUUUCGGUUCUGCUCCAACUACUCAAGCAUCUGUAUUCGGAAGUCCUCCAACGACACAAUCAUCAGUAUUUGGAAGUGCGCCUACUACCCAAGCAUCAGUUUUCGGUAGUGCACCGACUACGCAAGCGUCCGUAUUUGGAAGUGCUCCAACUAGUCAAGCAUCUGUCUUCGGAACUACACCAACGACUCAAGCAUCGGUAUUUGGAAGUACGCCGACUACUCAGGCAUCAGUGUUUGGUGCUCAGCCUACAACAACAGCUCAGGGCUCCCUCUUCGGUGGCGGGGAAGCCAAUUUGUUUGCGGCGGCCAGUAUAUCUACAACCAGCGCACCUUCACAGACCAGUGGCGGCAGUAUCUUUGGAGGAGGUGCCUCGACCGGUUCAGUAUUUGGCGGCGGUGGUAAUACAAACGUUUUCGGUGGUAAGGCUGCUUUUGGCCAGUCCAAUUCCACCGCGGCUGCAAUCUUCGGCGGUGGAGGAGCAACGAGCUUUGGCGAACAGAAACCAGCCACCAACUUCUGGUCUGGAGGCAAUUCUGGGGGAGGAUUCGGGUCUACUGGCUUUGGUCAGCAAGCUACAACGCAAGCGUCGUCAAUCUUUGGCAACACUACGGGCGGUAGCUUUAGUACUCCGUCUCCUGCUGGACAAGCGUUCGGUAGCCCACAAACCCCAGCAUUCGGAUCGCCACAGCAACAAGCAGCUCCUGCCUUCGGUGGUUCGCCUGGGUUCGGUGCGAAGCCUGUAUUCGGCCAGCCUUCUGGUUUCGGGUCUCCACCUAGUGGUGGUGGCUUUGGAUCUUCAUUUGGAGGGUUCAACAAGAGCCCUAGUGGAGGUUUCGGGGCUCCGGCGGCCUUCGGAGGAGGAGCUACGUUCGGUGGAAGUCCGGCCUUUGGAAGUACAUCUCCUGGGAAAAUGUUUGGGGCUGCACAACCUACUGGUUUCGGUCAGCCGACGCAAUCAAACGCUACGUUCGAGAGCUUAGCGACUCAGAACACGUUGACAUUCGGCAACCUGGCGCAGCAGGCGCAGGCGCCGCAACCACAAGCGCCUUCCUUCAACACGUCUCCGUCCUUUACUGGCUGGCGUGGCUAAGAGCUCGACGAGAAGUAUCUCUCAUGAAAAUACCUAUAUAAGCAUAGUGCCAAUAAUAUUCGUAAUGUAUUUAAAUGUUUUAUAGCCAAAUCAUUGUAAUCGAUUGUCUGUAUUCAGUGAAUGAUAUAAUAAAACAUGUAACCAGUUCAA